AUACCUUACUUACUUGACGCGCUGUAAGCGAACUGUCUCGCAUCACACUAUGCCUCUGAUUCAGGGCUGGCUUCCGCCAUCGCGUGAGCAUUGGGAGCUUGUCUCCAACGUCUGGGUCUACUUCCCAAUCGUCACUGCCUUUCAAUGGGUCCUCCAGGACUGGUACCCAGCUGGGAAGACAAGCUACGCAUCGCGCUUCAACAUUCCAGGGAAAAUAGCAUGGAUCACAAUGGAGGUGCCAGGCUUUAUAACCUUGCUAUACAUCAUGAACACACUACCUAAAGAAGUCGGGCUGGCGGAGCUUCCAUGGGGCAAUUGGACGAUGGCUGGGAUGUUCACCAUACAUUACAUUUACCGCGCGAUUCUAUCGCCCAUUCUCAAUCCAAGCAUGAGUCCUAUCCAUUUCUUCGUAUGGGCAUCAGCUGUAGGCUUCCAGUUCGCCAACGCAACCUGCAUUGGCGGGUGGCUUGCUGGGCACGGUCCGACCACAACCGCUCACUGGGAUGAUGCCAUAUUCAGAAUAUACCCAGGAAUGAUUAUGUGGGGUUUUGGACUCAUUGCAAACAUGUACCAUGACGAUGAUCUGCGAGAGAUCCGGCGUGCCGCGGCCAGGAAACAAGCGCGUGAGGCCAAAGAAAAUGGAAAAGACCCCCAAAGCGUGGACAAAGUGUACAUGAUCCCGAAGAACGGGCUUUUCAAGUGGAUUCUUUAUCCUCAUUACUUGUGCGAAUGGUUGGAGUGGACCGGUUUCUGGAUCGUAGGAGGCUGGGCAUGUUUUCCUGCGCGAGCAUUCCUCGUCAACGAGAUCACGACGAUGCUACCGAGAGCUCUACAGGGCAGAAGAUGGUAUAUCAAAAAGUUUGGAGAAGACAAGAUCGCUGGCUUGAAGGCGAUCAUUCCUGGUGUGCUUUGAGAGUGAGCACGGUUUUUUUCUCGCACACAUUUCUCCGCAUGAAAGUCUCGAUACCCUUUGUACCUAAGAUUGAAGCCAGAUAUACAAGCAACAGUUUUAUCAAUUGCCUCGACAAGCGUACUAAUACAAGGAGCUUUGUACUCACUGGCCAAUGAUAUGGCCAACAUCAUGUGCACGGACC